CGGACAGGUCCUCCCCGCUUCAAAAGGAAGCCAUAAAAGAUAAGGCAGGAGGUGCUGACUUUUGCUGGGACAGUCAGUCUGCUGAACCAUCAUGGCCUUCCUCCUCCUCACCCUGUGCCUGAAUGUUGCUGUCGGUGCAGUCUUGGCUGGAUCAGAUCUGGUUCCUGAGCCAUGCCUGCAAGGUCCAGAGUUCUGGUGCAAGGAUGUGACUACAGCUGUGGAAUGCAAGAGGGAGAAAUAUUGCUGGGACCCCCAGUUGAGCCUUUCUUUGUGGGAGGGGCUUGUGGAGGGUGACGAGGCUCCCGCCCCACAGUUCAAAUGUACCAUCUGCACCAAGAUAAUGAAGAAACUCAAGAAACUGGCUGGAGAUGAUCCAGGCGAAGAAAAAAUUGAUGCUGCAAUGAAAUCUCUCUGUGGUGUGGUGGGCAGGGUUUUGCGCGGAGCUUGCAUAAAGAUGUUGAGGCAGUUCAAAGAUCAGAUUGUGGAGGGACUGCAGAAUGGUGACGAGCCUCGGGAUAUCUGUGUGAAUAUUAACCUGUGCAAGAGUGCGGCACCAGCCUUGGCCUCUGGAUCAGAUCUGGUUCCCGAGUCGUGCCUGCAAGGGCCAGAGUUCUGGUGCAAGGAUGUGGCUACAGCUGCAGGAUGCAAGAGGGAAGAAUACUGCUGGGAGCUCCAGUGGAGCUCUUCUUUGUGGGAAAUGACAGAGGAGAAUCAGGCUGCUGCCCCACGGAAAAGAUGCUCCACAUGCACCACGAUUAUGCAGAAGCUCCUGGAACUGGCUGGGGAUGAUCCAGAUGAUGAUAAAAUUGAUGCGGCAAUCAACAGUUUGUGUAAAGCCGUGGGAAAGCGCUUGAGUAAAACUUGCAAAAAGAUCAUUAAAAAGUUCAGGGAUCAGAUUGUGGAGGGGCUGCAGAAUGGUGACGGGGCCCAGGAUAUCUGCGUGACUGUCAACAUGUGCAAAAGCACACCACCAGAGAUAGAUGAUGAUGGCAGCUGGUGAACUGGCUGACAACCCCAAGCUUUCCUCUUCUUCUGCUGCUGCCACCUGCUGAGCCUUGAAGCCCCUUCUCCUGAUGUGCAAAAAUGGAAGAGAAGAGUAGAAACGCCCCCAGGAUGCAGUAAGCGAUGCGGAAACUACAGCAGAUCGACUGGAACCAUCUAUGCUUUGAAGUUCCCCCUUGACUUUGUCAAGUGCUUUAUUGCACGCUUUCACACAAAAAUGCCUUUGCACCAUGAAGUUGUCAAGUCUGGUUGUAUAUUUUAGGCAGUUGUUGCAUUACCUUUCUCAUCCUUUCCUGCAUUAACAACAAUCACACAUAACACAAAUGCCACAAUAGAGGCUCCAAUGCACUUGUUAGACGUCUUGUGCGGAAAUCCUCAUUACCAGAAGUGCUAAAGCUUAGUGUUUCUUGCAGACUGUCACCAGAAUUCAGGCUUCAUUUAGCAACUGAGUUCUUACUAAAAUGUGUGGCUAGACUAUACACCCAGACUUUACUCCAGGUGUUUGAAUACAUUCCUUUUCUGCAAUAUAGCUUUGCCUUGUUGUAUUCCAAUGAUUAAAGCACAUUGACUAGCCUGG